UUUUCAAAUGAGCAAUGUCAUUGUUGUUUGUGUGAGUGAAAGUUAAGCAAAGUUGUUUGGCGUAGAGCAGGAAACAAAGUGUGCUAAAAUUUUUCCGAUAUUUAGGAAAGAAAGUUUACGAACUGUCAAUUUUGCUAUCUUGUUUUGUCGGCGAAAAUCUGUUAAACCUUAUUUCGGGCACGUUAAUAAAUAAAAGAAUUAUUUGAAUAAGUGCAUUGAAUAAUGGCUAUUGAUUUAAUUGGUUACUUUUAUGCUGCAAUUGUUGCUGUUGGUGGGGUAAUAGGGUACGUGUCAGCAGAUUCUAUACCUUCUCUAGCGGCCGGAUUAACAUUUGGUAGUCUUUUAGCAUUGGGCGCUUAUUUUAAUUCAAAAUUACUACCGAGGCCUGUUCUGCAAUUAAUUGUUGCCGCAGUUUUAGCAGGUGUUAUGGGUGCACGUUGGUACCGCACAGGGAAGUUAAUGCCGCCCGGUAUGAUUUGCUUAAUUUCGAGCAUUAUGAUAGUACGGAAUGUGGUGACAUAUAAACGUUAUUUGCCGGUAAUAGGAGGCGAUGCCCGUAAAUGAAUGCUCCAUAUAUUGCUUUUUAAAAGCCAUUCGAAAUAUUUAUGCAUGUUCUUAUAGUUUAUCUUGCUCAGAAAAUUUUGGUGGCGAUUAAAACUGUAUUACUUAUUACGUACGUGUUCAGAAAAUCUAAUAUCAAAUGGUGUCGGCUUUAUUAUUAAAACUUUUGAUUUCUUAUAUUAUCUUCUAAGAGUAACUCAAUACUCAAUUUUGUAAUAAAAUGUUAAAAACUA